AAAGUCGAGAAGAAAUAGAAGUCUCCAUACUGGAGUGGUAGCAUUCUCCGUCGGAGCCGGUCGCGGAGACGAGGAUGGUGACUUUCUCUGGAAAUUCACAUUCGUCCAAGCUCGACUCUCUCAAACAAAUAGAUGCCAGCUCGCUCUCCCAAUCCGAUCUCUACCAACUCUCCCUCUCCUCUUUCCACCCCUCCCUCCUCCAAAACGACGCCGUCGUGGUCCCCAAGAUCGACCGCACCCUCUUCAAUGAGAGCGCCGGAAGCCGACGCCAGACCUACUCCCGCAUCUGCCUUGCUCCCCGCAAGCCCCGGUCCCGACGCCGCCUCGCCGGGCUCCUCCCGGCGCCGAAGCCCCCUCCCUCCGCAGCCCACUGCGACCCGGAGCAGUCUGAGAAUAAGCUGAUCAUCCAUUACCUGAAAUCGUUGAUAGGAGGGGAAGAGAAUCCGAGUUCUCUUGAUUUGGCCCUGGUGGUUUCGGAGGAAAGGAACCAUGGAUCUCAAUCUGAGUUGGCCAUGGUGGUUGCCGGAGGUGGCAGUGAAUUGGGGGAAAUUGUGGAAAAGGGGAAGAGAGGGAGGAAGAAGAGGAUUGUGGCCGCCGGUGAGGGAGGCGGCCAGAGGCCUCUGCAGAUUGUGAAUAGGAACGGCGAGGUUGUCGAUCUCGAGGCUUUGGCGAGCGCAGAAGAUCCGUAUGGCGACGAAUUGAAGAGUAGGACAGUUGGUUUGGAUAGGGAGGAGGAGAUUUUGGGGGUUUUGAGGGGUUUGGAUGGGCAGUGGUGUAGCAGGAGAAAGAAGAGGAAGAUUGUGGACGCCAGUGGAUUCGGGGACGCGCUACCGAUAGGUUGGAAGCUCUUGUUGGGACUGAAGAGGAGAGAGGGCCGUGUUUCGGUUUACUGCCGCAGAUACAUAAGCCCCAGUGGAGAGCAAUUUGUAUCCUGCAAGGAAGCUGCUGCAUAUUUGCAGUCUUAUUUUGGACUUGCUGAUACAAACCAACCAAUGGGUCAAAGAGAUGACAAUAUUCAGCAGGUCAACAGGAUCUCUUCUGAGAGUCUUGCAGGUUCUACCCAUAAGGAUGACGACUUAGGAGAAGAUAUUAUUCCCAUUUCAGUUUUACCUAGUUCAUCUAUAUCUUACGAAUAUGAGAAGGAAGUUGCCUUACUGGGGAUCGAAAACCUGGCUGAGGUUGAAGUACGAGACCUUUUUGAAUGUCACAAAUGCAACAUGACUUUUGAUGAAAAGGAUACAUAUUUGCAGCAUCUAUUAUCGUCUCAUCAGAGGACCACUAGGAGGUAUAGACUUGGUACAUCCGUUGGGGAUGGUGUAAUCGUCAAAGAUGGAAAAUAUGAAUGCCAGUUCUGCCAUAAGAUAUUUCAGGAAAGGCGGCGAUAUAAUGGUCACGUAGGAAUCCAUGUGAGGAACUAUGUCAGAAAUUUUGAAGACAUGCCUGGUCGCCCAAGUGUUCAAAAGACUGUUGAAUCUCCAUCUAGAGAUGAGUUGCCUUCAAGGACCUCUAAAAUGGAUGCUUUGAUUGAAAUUGCCCAGAGUUCUAUUUUUGAAACUUCUGCUGCAGCACCUAGUGAUGAGCCCAAUGGUGCUUGCACUUUUGGUAAUCCAGAUGUGAUUUCUACUCCAGAAGUUCCUACUGCUGAUUCUGAACAUGAACAGAACUUAGGUUUUUGUCUUGGAGAACCAGAAAUGGAAGAUAGUAUUACUAAUAGAACUCUGGAUGAAGAGUUGGAUCAGCAAGAGGGUGACUGUGUAAUGGCGGAUGAAAACACAGAGAAGAUCAAUGGUGAUAGUGAUGCUGCAUGUAUCAAGAUGGAUUGUUGCUUGGAUACCACAACUACCUUAUCCACUAAUGACAAAAAUGGUUGUUCUUCUGAAAGUUUUGAUGGAAAAUAUGGUGUUUCAUUCUCCAAUAAUGAGGUGGAAAAGUCCGACUUUGAGCAGAGAAGCCCUGAAACCCAUUUACUUACUCCAUCAUCUAAUCAGACAGUUUUCGAUGUUGAAAAUAAUAUGAAUGAUAUUUCAGAGCAAUCCAAACCUGGUGGAGUGGAAGAAUAUGAGAAUAGUGGGUUGACACGUGGUUAUGGAAGCAGUGAUAUUGGACGAGAUAAUGAUGUUGCAACAAUGACUAUGAGCCAGACUCCAGAAGAUAAUGUAUACCAGAAUAGGGUUUCUGAUUCCUCAAUGCCCCUGGUGCACCCAUUGCAUUCUUUUCCCACAUAUAAUGCAAUCUCAGAUAAGGGAGAAGAUGAAUUUUGUUGUGUAGACCAGAAGCUUCAGAACACAACCGGGUUUGACGAGCUGAAGCUGGAUGAAAUAGAAUCACUGAAAUUUGGUUUUGUGACCGAGCAAGGACCGCUCUCUCUUCCAGAGGUUCACAUGGUGGGUCUGGAGAAUGGAGCAACAAUGGAAGAUGGGUUUGAUUCCUCCAUUGGUUUUGAACCCGAAGAAGUCAUGUUAAGCAUGACUGGCAGACAUCAGCUUACAACUGCAUGCGUCUGGUGCAGAGUAGAGUUCAGCCAUGAGGCUGUUGAAUCUGAAAUGCAAUCAGACUCUGUCGGUUUUAUGUGUCCAACCUGCAAGUCCAAAAUCUCAGGCCAACUCAAUGUACUGGACAGUGGUUUGUCCAUGAAUCCUCACCAUCUCUAAGCACAGGUCACCUUCCUGUUUUGCAUUUGAGGUUACCAAGUACAGGCAUUUAAGGGUGCAUUUGCAUAAAUGGGGCGAGUUAUAAACCCCAAAAAUCAUCUGUUAUGAAUCAGGAACAUGCUAAUCAGAUGUUUUAAUCAUAAACCAACAUCCUGCCUUGUUAGAAUUCAUUGGGGAUUUCACUUUGUUUCACAAGGAGUUCCACCUGUGAUGAAUGGCCUUGAGAAUAUCUGGUAGCUUGGAGUAGAUUGAGGUAUGAUUUGAUGAACAAUUUUGUAGUGAUUUAUUGUAAGACCCUGUUUGGUUGACGGAAUACAGGAAAUGGAAUGAAAAACCUUGGGAUAUAAGUUCAGGUUGGGAACCUGGGUGGGAAAUGUUUAUUUGUUUAGUCUGUAUAGAAAUUAAGGGCUUGUUUGGAAUGACGGUUGAUUUGUGUGUUUAGCAGUUGGAAGAAGUUGAAGUAAUUACCAUUGUAUUAUGGUUGAAUUUCUCGUUUAUGAACUGCAAUUUAUAAUGUUUUUAAUAAAGGUAAUUUUACUUAUUUUUA